CAUCACUGACCCUUCAGGAGCAAAUCCAGAGGCUUCUCCUGCAGCAGCAGCUAUGGAGAACAGCCCAGCAGAAAAACCAGCUAAACACAAGAAGAAAAGCCUUUGUGCAUUCUUCAAGAAGACAUGGCUUGCUGUGAAAAGCACUCGUCGAGGCAACAAAACAGCCCCUCCUCAGCUUGUGACGGACACAGAUUCAGCUGAUCUUCAGUGUGGUCCUUCUGAUCUCGAACCAGCAGCACACUGUCAUCCAGCUGAUCCACAGCCAGGCCCGUCCGGCCUAGAGCCAAUAACUCUACAGGAUCAACCUGAUCCUCUGCCAUGUCUGUCCAGCAUCACACCGAUAGACUGUGAUGAAAAUCCAGCUGAUCCCAAGCCAGCUGAAGAAAAUCAAACAAACACAAAGAAGAAGAAACGCAUUCUCACACUCUUCAAAAGAUUGUGGCGGGCUGUAAAAUGUGCAUCAACACGGAAAAAGCACAACAAAGUGGCUCCUCUUUGUGCACAACCCGACUCCGAUUCAGCUGAUCCUCAGUCGGAUCCAAACAUUCUUGAACCGAUGGCUCUGCAGCAUUCAGCUGAUCAUCGGUCAGAUCCCUCUGUCCAUGAAACCAUGGUCUCAAGAUCUGACAGAAGAUCAUCUGUCUUGUUCGCCUGA